GCCAGAGGACGUUGGGCAGCGGGCGCUUCAGCCGCCGGCGCCAUGGACCCGGUCAUAAUGCAGGAGCUGGCCCGCGCCGAGAGCCAGCAGGAUGCUGCGUCCCUGAAGAGGGCUUAUCAGUUGAUCAAGUCCGCCAACCUGGGGAAAUCAGAGUUCGACCCCACAGAAAGCUUCAGCCCCGACCUGUUUGUUUUGUGUGCAGAACAGGCCCUGAAGAUGGGGCAGCCCGAGAUGAGCGAGGACUGCAUCCGGAUGUACUUCAAGGUGAAGGGGCCGGUCACCCAGUUUCUGGGCCGAGCGCACCUGUGCAGGGCCCAGCUGUGUGCGCCCAAGUCCACCGAAAACAUGGAGGAAUUUGAAAAUUGCGUGACUCAGUAUAUGAAGGCAAUCAACUUUGCAAAAGGAGAACCAAGGUAUUACUUCCUGGUGUAUAAUGCAUCGGUCCUCUACUGGCAAAUGGUGAGGCCAUUUCGCAAGCCUGGGUAUCACCACCGCCUGAUCCCCAGCCUCUCCCAAAUCGUGAGUGUGUUGAAUCAGACCGAGGAGGAUGACAAAGGCUGGCGGGCCGAGCUGAUGCUGGAGCUUCUGGAGUGUUAUCUACAAGCUGGAAGAAACGAGGAGGCCGCGAAGUUUUGUGCCACUGCAGCCCCGUUCAUCAAGGCUAAUGCGCCACAGAAGUAUCGACAAAUAUUUGCUCUUAUGGUCCGACAUGAAUUAAUGGAUGAGCUUCAGUUAAAGGAAGAAGAGAGAAGUUCUAUUAGCCUGUCUGUCACUUUCCAGAUUAAUGUGCUGAAAGCAAAACUGGAUAAAAAUGAUUUAUCUGAAGAUACCAACAAAAUUCUGAAGGAUACCUAUAAAUGUUUAAGUUAUUACGAUCACCAGAACUUGCCUUCAGUCAGAGAGGAAAAAAUUCUUUUGCUUUUUGAAUUAGCUCAUCUUUCUCUGAUCUUGAAAUGUGGGGAGAUCACCUCUGACUGCCUCUCAGACUUGAAGAAGAUGGACAGCAAAGAUCCCGGGGAGCUAAUUGAAAUCGAAUGCCUGGAGUAUGAAUUGGAAGCUGAAAGACUUGCAAAUAAAAUGAAAAUCUACACCCGAGAGGCUGUGGAGACCCAGCUGAAUAUAGUACAGAGACUGGACAUGGUGCUCCGGCGAGCUGUGCGCCUGGGCGACCCGCGGGUCAUCCACGUGGUGUGCGCCACGCAGUGGAACACCUGCCUCCCGCUGCUGCAGCACGACCUGCGGCACCAUCUGCGGAAGUCGCUGGCCAGCAUCGCGGAGGUCCUGGAGAAGAUGGACAGCCUCAUGGUCCUGUUCCGUUGCCAAGUGCACAUGGAGAUGGCGUACAUUGAGGAGGGUGCGGACCGGCUGGAGCCUGCCAUGGGGCACCUGAGGAAGGCCGUGCUCCUGGACACCCUGGGCCUCUACCAGGACACGCUCAGGAUGGCCCUCAACCGCCUGCACCUCUGCGCCACGCCGUGCCAGGUCCCCGAGCGCACCGAGGACAAGGCCACCUUGGCCAUUGAGCAGGCAAAGAAAGCGAUGCCGGAGGACAGUGUGCGCAAGAAGCGGGCGCUGCUGGUGACCGCGGGCCUGGCCCUGGCCCCUGACACCUUCCAGAUCGUGCUCGACAGUGAGAACGAGGCCAAAGUUUCCACCGGGGAAAAGCGGGGCCGCUUCACCUACCUGUACGCGAAGGCGCGGCACCACUCCCUCAGCGUGGAUGAGGCCGCGGGGCACGUGCAGCGCCUGCAGGGCCGGAACGCCAAGGAGAGGGUACAGAUCUGGGCCGAGCUGGCCAAGGUGGCCCGGAAGCAGGGCGUGUGGGAUGUGUGCCGGACGGCCAGCCGCUUCUGCCUCGCGUAUGACGUCGGCAAGGUGGAGCGGCAGGCGAGGCUCAGGCGAGGGAAGAAGAAGGGCGGGGACGGCGCGGAGCAGGACUCCUCGGGCCAGUCAGACGCCACCCUGCAUAGGCCGGUGUCCCCCAGCCUGCUGCGCGAGUUCGCGGAGGUGGGGUUCAUCAACGCUGAGGCCACCGUCCACCUGCUGCGAUCAGAGGGCGUGCAGCUAAAUGACCAUCCCAUGCCCCCCGAGGACCUGAGUCAGCACCCGGUGGGCUACAUACCCGAGUCCCCAGAGGACAACGCCGAGUGGAUCACGUACCGGACCUGGAUAGAGGGCCUGUCGCAGUACACCAUGAACAGCUGGCUGCGCUCGGCCGACAUUGGGCAGAUGAUACAGGAGGCGUGGCUCGUGCAGAACGCCGUGGUCUACGUCCUGAAUCACAACCAGCACCUCAUCACGGCCGGGCGCCAGAGGGAGCUCGUGGACGCCUUGUACCACCUCCUGGGCAUCGUCAAGGCCAUGGGCCAUAGCGGAGACUUGGCGCUGCUGGCGACGCUCUGCAGCACCCUGGCACGAGGCCUGAUCAUCGCCUGGAUCCCAGCCCUGACGCCAGAGAAGUCUAGAAGACACACACGCUCAAACCCACUUCAUACGCCGCUAGACCCUGAGGCCGCCUCUGAAGUCAGGACCGCAGUGGAGGUCUGUGAGUUCGCCCUGAACCUGACCAACGGGACGGUGCCUGAGGAGGCGGUGCCCGUCAGCAUCCGGCAGCAGCUCAUCGCCACGUGGGUGAAGGCCAAGCAGCUGCUGUGGCAGCAGAUCGGGCCGCGCCUGGGCACGGACGAGCAGAGUGCCAACGAGGGCAUCAACUCGGUGACCGGAGUCCUCGUUGCUCUGGAGAUGCACUCCUGCAACGGGCUGGGCCUCAUGGACUUCACGGUGCCCCCCUUGGCUCAGCUGGUGAAGAUGGCCUUGGAGUGCAGCUGGUCGGACCCCUUCGUGGAGCUGCAGACCCUGACGCGGCUGACCCACUUCACCUACGUGGCCCGGGACCACGAGGCCACCAUGGCCUGCUCGCAGAAGGCCAUCCAGACGGGCAUCAAGCACCUGCAGGCCUUCAGUUCGGUGGAGACUGAGUUGGUGGCGGAGAUGCUGAGCACCGCAGCCUGCAUCCAGGGCAGGAGCAUCAUGGAUAACCUCAAGGGCUGGAAGCAGCUGCGCCUGACGGCCGCCAAUGCCUUCGUUGAGAGUGCGAGGUUUGGGAGUAUCGCGGGGAGCAGCGCCCUGGUGAUGCAGGCCGCCCGACACUUCUGGAACACCUGGCUGCCGCUGCUGUCCUCUGCGGUCAACAGGAAGAAGUGCAAGAGCGCCACUCAGGAGGUCAUCAGCGUCAUCAACAAGACGGAGGCCAGAAAGCAGGAAAAAGGGAAGACGCUGCUUCUGCACCAGUGGCCCACAGCCGACUUCCAAAGUGGAGGGACGAUGGAAGGGUGUUUUCUCUCAGGGGCCGAGGGUGACCUGACGCUGAGGGCCGCGCUGUAUGGCCUGCUGUUCCACAGCCACGCCGACCAGCAUGACUGGGAGGGCUGCCUCAAGGUGCUGGACGAGGCCCUGCAGGUGCUGCCGCGGACGGCGCACCGCCUCUUGAUUUUCAAACAUAUGGUCGUGGUGAAGGCUAGACUCGGCCAGAACUUCGUGAUGGAAAUUCAGAGAUUCAAAGACCAGAGUGAGGAGUAUCUGGCGCACAUGUGGCGGCGCCUGGCCCUCAACUCCACGAGUGUCCCCGGGGAGCUGACCUGCUACCUCCACGCCAUCCAGGCCCUGCAGAAGCCAGAGAGUGAGUGGCAGAAGGUUGACUACAUCAUGGAAUUCAGCGAGUGGCUGUUCCACAACCAGUUUCCUCUUGAAGACGUCGUCUUCCACCUGGAGUGGGCGAUUGACAUCCUGCUGAGGAUGCGGCCCGACAGGGGCUCCCCGGAGCCGGCAGGUGCGGGAGCCGCAGGCGCGGGGGCCACAGAAGAGCAGGGGUCCACUCCGGCGGCCCCAGAGGGCCCGGGGGCUGAGGGCUCGGGGCCCCCCUCCCUGGAGAAGCUUCGGAAUGUGCGGCAGCUUGAGACGCUGGCCCGCGCCUACACGCUGCUGGCCCUGGUGGCGGCCCCGAGCGCCGCCAGCCGCCAGGACUACUGCCUCAUGGCCUACACCUUUCUCCGCCGCAUCUGGCAGGUUUCUUUAUUAACAGCAGGAAAAUCAAUUUCAGAAAGUAGAAUUCCAGCAGCAGCGAGUUCACAUUCAUUGUUGCUUCAAAAGGAGAAGGAGAAAAGCAAAGACAGAGAAAAAGACAAGGACAGAGACAAGGACAAGGGCAGAGACAAGGACAAGGGCAGAGACAAGGACAAGGACAGAGACAAGGACAAGGGCAGAGACAAGGAAAAGGACAGAGACAAGGACAAGGGCAGAGACAAGGAGAAGGACAGAGACAAGGACAAGGGCAGGGCCUCGAAGCAGUUUCAAAGCCCCACUCCUGGCAAACGCCUUGAAGACGUACCCACAAGCAUAGAAGAGUGGGCUUCCUACGCUUGCCCCGAAGAAGCUAUAUCAGUAUUUAAACAGGAUCAGAGCAACUUUGCCAUCAACCGGUCAACUCUCCAGAAGCCGGCGUACAGUUUAUAUUAUCUGGACCACUUGGUCGAGGCCCUGCAGAAGGUGUUCCUUCAUGAGCUCGCCAUCCCGGUCCUGCAGUUGGAGGUGCUCAUUGCAGCCUCCGUGGUCGACAGCAAGAGCCUCGAGGACCUCUACCAUCUCCGACUUGCCCUAGUUUGUUCUGAUUUGAAGUUGAGGGAAGCAGCCACUUUCCACGAGGAGGUGGUCGGGCACGCCUACAUCUGCGACGUGGAGCAGGUGAGCUGCAGAAAAGAAAUUGCCUUGAAAAAGGAGAAAAAUAAGGAACCUCUAUUAGAAGAAAGUCUGCCAACACUGAGGGAGCCCCCCACUCCAGCCCAGCAAGCAGAGAUGAAGCCCCUCGUAGCAAAGGAUAAGACUUUGAAGAUAGACGGAGAGACCGGCAGGGGCCUGGAUGGAAUGUCCUUCCCGCAGCUGUGGACCCUCAAGGCUGAAGUCCUGCUGGAGAUGGACCUGUACCAGCCUGCCCGGCUGCUCCUGUCAGAGGCGUACCUGGCCUUCCAGGAGCUCGACGAUCCUUGUGCAGAAUCAAAAUGCCUGCACCUGUUGGCACGGUUGGCAAACAAGGAAAAGAAGUACGGCCAAGCUAGGAAGAUGGCCGAGAGGGCCCAGCACCUGGGGGGCAGCGAGCAGUUCUGGUACGAGUCCACCCUGACCCUGGCGGACACACUCCUGUCCACCGAGAACGAGAGGAGAGAGGCAGUGGUCUGCCAGCUGUUCCAGAAGCUCAUAGAUACCUUCAACGUUCUUAAGAAGGAGAGACCGAACCGAAUGCCCAUAUUGGAAUUCAUGACCACAGACCUAGAAGCCAGGUGUGUGAGCCUCCAGCUCAAAGCCGCCCAGGAGCCGGGGGACUCUGAGCCCUUCCAGAACUCAGCUCUGCUGAUGGAAAUGGAUAAUCGCUUGCUGGAAAUGGAGGAGAAGUUUACCAGCAUUGGCCACAAGGAGAAGUGUGUGGACAUCAAGCUGGAGCGCGCCAAGAUGAAGAGGUUAUCUGCCCAAAACGAGAAAGACGCGGAACAGAAGACUGCGUGUUACUUGGAGGCAUACGACCUGGUCCAGAGAGCUGCUGCCGAAGAGGAAGAGCUAUUUCAGCGUAUUCAGGGCUUACUGUCCCUUCAGGGUUUGCAGCACGUCAGCACCCCUCUGGGGAGGAGGCUGGCGCACCUCAAGCUCAGCCUCGUGGAGGUGUGUCUGGACACUCUCCAGCGCACGUGGGAGGAGACCCUGGAGCGGCAGCUGGAGCAGGGCUCGGUGGACAAGCUGCUGGCCGACUACCUGCAGAGCCCCAGUGACUACACUUCUGUCGGCCUGAAGUGGUUCACCCUGAAGCGGACCCUGGCGCACACCGUGCUGGCCCAGCUGGGGAGCCUGCAGCCACUGUGCACCGGCUGCGUGGAGCUCCGUGCCCAGCUCCUGAGCCUGGCCGGGAAGGCCCUGCACCUGUUGGCCGUGCACGCAGACCCCCUGCACCCCGCCUUCUACUGGGAGGAGAGCCUCUUGGGGGGCACUGAGCUGAACAGCCGCGAGUGUCUGGAGAUCAUCCAGGAGGACGAGGACCGCAAGGGGCCCCACGGCGGCCUGCUGGCCCUCAGGGCCACCCCCGAGGGGCACAGCAGGAAAGGCUGGGAUCUGAAGAGGAGGAUGGCGCUGGCCCAGCGGUACCUGGCCCAGGCGUCCGAGGUGCUGCUGCAGUGCCUGCAGGUAGCCCUGGGCAGCAACCUCCUGGACAUCGCCGCAGCCGCCAGCCUGGAGAUGGUGGAGUGUGUCGGCACCCUGGACCCUGCGGCCGCCUGCCAGUUCCUGGCGCUGUCUCAGAGCUGCUCAGCCUCAGAGGGCAUGCGAGACGUCCUGCUCACGGCCACGGCCAACACCAGCAGCUCACAGCUGGCCGCGCUGCUGCAGCUGCAGCACAGGCUGAGGUGCCAGGAGAGGACGUCCACCAACCUGUUUGCCAGCGUGGAGCAGAGACUGGCCGCCAUAUCCAAGGCUUGGCAGAAUCUCUGGGUCACCGAACAGCACUUGAACUUCUUGAGUGAAAUCCCUCCCACUUUUCGGAUCCUCUUUCUGCACCACUCACGGGACAGGACCCAUCUGUAUGGCGCUGCCUACGAGAAAUCCAAGUUCAUCCCCGCAGCCAAAGGCAAACUGCCCCAGGUUGGGGGCUCCUGCAAGGUGACUCGGGUGGCCGUGAGCCCGGCCGCCUUCUCCUCCCUGUUGGCCAGUGCCCAGCAGUUCCGGGAGCACACCCAGGCUGAGGCACACAGUGAGGACACGGCCCUGAGCCCAGGCUUGAAGGAGUCAGAGGGCGCAGCCCUGAGAGGGGAAGAACACGCUGUGCAGAGGCUCGCGGAGGUCGUGAAGCCCAUGGAGGAGUAUCUGAGGCCACUGUUCCCGCUGCUCAGCUGCCCCCCGGAAGCCAGAGCGCCGAUUCCCACAGUUGUUGCGGAUUUGGGAAAAUACAAGGGCAAAGACAAGGAGAGGGAAGAGUCCCUGCCGCAGGUGCAGCCCGAGGUCGCAGACAACGUCAUCCUGAUCGCUGACAGGCACCUUCUGGAACUGCCGUUAGAAGGUCUCUCUGUGUUCGAUGAAGGGAUGGUCUCCUCCGUGUCACGAGAGUUUUCUCUCCAGAUGCUGUGGAACCGCCUGCAUAGAAAGGAGACAGAAGGGAAUGUGAAAAAGGAGAGCAGAGGUAAAGACCACAGAAAGAGAGGCACAGCAAAGAAGGGAGCAAAGCGCGUCGUGUCCCGGAUCAUCCCCCCCGACUGCAUCGCGGUCGACGCGGACAACUUCAGAUUCGUUGUGGACCCCUACGAGGAGGCCCGAGGCCCAGAAAUGCUGACUCCUGUCUCCGUGACCCGGGAAAUUUUGGAAAGAUACCGAGACACGUUCACUGCGAGAUGGGCGGGGCAUCUGGGGAAGAAGCAGUUUCCCAGCCAGGCAGAGUGGGAGCAGCUGCUGGGCAGCUGCGGAGGCUUUUUCUUCUACGGGAUGGAGAGCUUCCUGUCCCACAUAUUGGUAGAAAGGUUGGCCGCCAUGAACUUGGAAGAGUGCCAGAUGGUGGUGCUGCUGGACCUGGCGCGGUCCUGCGAGAGCACGCGGCGCCACGUGGAGUCCUCGCAGAACAAGAGCGCACCCCGACUGUCCUUGGAGGGGCCCGUCGAGACGGCCGUCCUCCUGAGUCUGGUGGGGGUCAGGAGCAUCGUGGCGAACCAGUGGCCGACGGUCCUGCGGGACAACGCGACGCGGGCCAGCAUCCUGUGGGAAAAUCUGUUGACAGCUGGCAAGCCGAUCGGGAGAACGACCCGCCUCCUUCAGAAGAGGGGAACCGGUGAAACUGUCCACCACGAUGAGGCUCUGCAGACCUGGGAGGACAGGCUGGUGCUCUUCCGGCCGCAGCCGCAGGGCUCGGAGCGGCUCCCCGUCACCCUCAACCUGGUCCUCUACGGGCUGCCGCACCAGGCCAUCGUGUGAUGGGGCCGCGCCUCCCCACAGCCUGUCCCCACCAUCCGCCAUCCCCCUCCCUGGUGUCCCCGGCCCCUCCGCCCGUGACCUCCUCCCAGGCUGCGCUGCCAGAGCCCACCCCCACCCCGCCCGGCCCCCGUUCUGCACAGGGCAGCAACCGGCUUCUCCCUCCACGGUGAAGCCAGGGCCCUGUCGGCGGGAGGAGAGCAUCCUGGGGGGCUCGGCAGCACGGGUUGGGGGAGGAAUGCGUCCAGGUCCACCCCACAGCGGCCUGGGCCCCCGGGUCCCUUGUGCCCCGGCUGCUAGACCAGAAUC